UCUAUUGCAGGCAAAUCUUCUGGUUCGCUACAAAGGAUGAAGCGCACUGCACUGCGCUGUCACACUUCAGUUGCUUCAGUAUCGGUUUAUGCUAGGUGAAGUAAGACCUAUCCGUCAAUAUCUUGCAUGCUUUGAUUUUGAUGGAUUGGCCUUCCAUCACCCGCGAGGUUGCCAUCUGCAUCGACAUAAACUUGAGCGUUCGGAGAACGUUAGAUAAAAAUUUUACAAACGGGAAAAUUGAUCGAGAGAAACGACGAAAAAAAGGAAGGGACACCAGCAGCCGUGAUAACUGCGUUGCUCUUUCCCUAUGUUUUCCAUUUCGGCCACAGCUAAUCGUGAUCGGCUCCGUACGAUGCUAUCCGCCACACACUCGCGUGUUCCCUUUCAUAAUGCUCAUGAUAGUACGCUUUAAGCACGCAUGGCAGCUACAUUUGUGCCACCCUUACACAAUAGACAGUACCUGUGCCGCGAUGCAGCCAUGAUAACUGCGCUGCUCUUUCCCUAGGUUUUCCAUUUCGGCCACAGCAAAUCGUGAUCGGCUCCGUACGAUGCUAUCCGCCACACACUCGCUUGUUCCCUUUCCUAAUGCUCAUGAUAGUUCUCUUUAAGCACGCAUGGCAGCUACAUGUGUGCCACCCUUACACAAUAGACAGUACCUGUGCCUCGAUAUGUGCAGGGACAUCGAUCUUUGUGGCAACAGCAUAGGAGGCCUCCUUUGUUCCUCAAAAGUAAUGAUCUUAAUGGUUAUAGCUAACAACGCGGCUAAGACAAAGGCGAGUGACACAAUGCGUUGUCUUCGUUUUUGUCACACUGUUAGUUAUAAUGAUGCACCAGUGCCAAACUUACCGAGUUUUCCCUUUUCCUAAGUGUUACAAGCUUCUUGCGGUCGGCGCUUAGUAUGGUCUUGUCCUCAGGUCCGUGAUGUAGCCUACUAGUAUAUUCCCUCUCACCCAUUCAGUGCAAUGAAGUGAAAGCUAUGAGUCGUGUCAGCCAACCAAGAAAAAGAACCGGAAGAAGUGCUCCUCCACUAAUCGCUUUUGAUCGCGUGAUGCCGACUGAAUGCAAGUUUCGCGGAAGGAUUAGCAGCUCACAAUGGGUGAGCCCUCCUGCCUGGCUCUUGUUAUUGAUUGACGGACAUGCAGCCGUUGGCUGCGUUAUACUGUGCGCUGUAGUCGAGUUUUGCGUAAAUGAGUUUUGUGGCACCACACUCGGCUAGUGCAGAAGUACAGCGGGGAGACGACGGAGGUGUUACACCAGAUGCUCGAGGACCUGCUGGUCGCGUGCCCCGUACGCGAAUUCGGACAAAUUCUGAACUCGGCGGGUGAAAAUCGCAUCUUCCGCUACCUCAUCUCAUCCAAGACCAAUGGUUCGGUGGUCAAGGCGGGCGACAUGCUGCGGCUGGUCUUCGGGAAGCCCUUCCUGAAACCGCUCGAGCACGACAGCAUGCGGCCCGCUAGUGAGCAAGUCAUCAACCUUUGGACGAGCUUCGCCCGGACAGGGAGUAUCCCUGACAUCAAUGGGCUCAUCUUCGGCCGGUAUACCUUCCGCAUAGCCCGCGCAAGGAAGAAGUACGACGAAAUUUUGGAUAGUCGCAAGGAAUACUGCGAGUUUCUAGCCGAAGUUGAUAUGCAAUGA